AUCCCCUGUGUGUUGGAAACAGACCAGACAAAGAGACGACCUUUCUGCGAAACUUUUUCUGUACAUGUCGAGAGAAAAUUGCACACAAUUCGACUCCGAACUUUGCGAAUCUACCACAUCUUCUCUCAAGCGCGCCGAGACUUGAAAGCUCCAUAAUAUCUUCAAGUCUGUCUGCAGACCUGGCCUUCAAAUCUGGUAGGCCAAACGGCAAGACGGCCGACAGGCCGUGGAAUACACAUCUGAGAAUCGGCGGAGAGAACCCUUUUUGAGACACAUACUUUCGCCAUGCGCCGGAAUCGGGGAGGGCCAAGCUCUCCAUUCAGAACAAAUGGAGCUCCAAUCCCAGACUCGCUGUCCCUGAUCCGUUCUUUCAAUAUCGAAACGAACCCGGCCCGUCCUGUGCGCCCGUCCCCUCUGACGGCGUCAACGAUCCCUGAUAUGCCGCUUGACUUGGUGGAUCGUAUCCGAUCGUUUCCCCUCUUCCUCUCUGCACCAGAUUCGUUUCUGGCUGCUAUUGGCAAGCACUUGCGGCCCCAGGUUCACUCGCCACACGAUGUCAUUCUCACUGAAGGAGAUGAGGCGAAAGCCAUGUACUGGCUUGUGCGGGGUGCGGUGGCGGUCACAUCUCGAGAUGGGGAAGCGACGUACGCGGAGUUGAGGCCGGGAGCUUUCUUUGGCGAAAUUGGAAUCCUUAUGGAUGUGCCCCGAACGGCGACCAUAAUCGCAAGAACAAAAUGUCUCUUGGUCGUGCUGAAGAAGGAGGAUCUCCGGGCAGAACUGCCGAAUUUCCCGGAGAUGGAACAAGCGAUCAUGGAAGAAGCCCAAGAGCGGUUGACAAUCCUGAAUAAAAAGAGGAAAGAAAGCGGAUGGGGUCCAAAGGUGGUGUCGUCGACUACCCUUCCUUCGCGAGGUGGAAAGCUUGCGCGCGAGGCGGCCCCAGGCGAAGUCUCAACCGGAGAAGUUGGGGUGAUUGAAAAGGGGGCGGCGAUAAACACGAAAAAGCGAAAAUCACCCAGUCCUCAAGGCAUUGAGGAUCCGGCUGCCGGAAGUGCUUUGGGAAGCGGCUUCGUCAACGUUCGAAAAACGCUCAAGGAACUGCUUCUAUUUUCGACACUACCCCCCGAGAUUCUCCAUUUUCUCGGAUUGAAUGCUCAGCCGAGAACAUACGCGCCUUUCACGGAUAUCAUUCUGCAAGGCUCGCCUGGAAACGAGAUCUACUUCAUAGUUCGCGGCGAAGCAGAAGUUAUUCACGAGAGUAUGAAUGGGCAACCUUUCAAUCCGGGCUCUCGGCUGUCCUUUAUCAGACCAAGGCUGAAGCAAGGCCAGUAUUUUGGAGAAGUGGCUAGCUUGGCCCUGGCCCCGAGGAGAACGGCAACAGUGCGAGCUAUAACCACCGUUGAAUGCCUCAUGAUCAGUGGGGACGUGCUUGAGGAGCUUUGGAGACGUUGUUCACCAGAUAUACGGAAACAGGUCGAAGCAACUGCGAAGAUGCGGAUUGGAAGGUCAGAUGACCAAGACGUGACAAUGAUUGAUGCGGAUUCACCGUCCAUCAACAAGCUGGAAAUCGACGACCGCUUAUCGACUCCUGUUCGAUCUGCUCUCCCCAAAGUCACGUUCACACCCUCGAAGCCGGCGAGUCCUCAUAAGCCAAGUCGCGCAGAGGAUAAAGAGGUCUUGGAACCUCUGGAUCCAGACCCCUUCCUGAGUGUUGACAUGGACAACAUGAGAGCAAGAUCUGGGAGACGAGGCUCCAUGGCACCUCCACUCCCAGAGACACCUCCUCCAGAAGAGUCCAGCCCAGGACCCAAGACGCGAUCAAGAACACAGACUCCAACACCUGCCACGAAAUCCACUCACGUAAUCACGCCUCCUGAUUCCAGCUUUCGUCCGAAAAGACCGAAAAUCGUUCAACGGCGGCCAAGCCAGUAUAAUAGAGGUAUAUUACCGGACGGAAUCCUGAUUCUCAUCUUCUCCUAUCUGGACAUCUACCAGCUUAUGCGGCUACGAUCUAUAUCUCUCCACUGGUCCAAACUUCUCACCACUUCACCCAAAAUCUGCAAAACUCUCGACCUUUCCCUUUUCAACCGCCAAGUAACCAACAAAGCCCUGACCGACGCAAUAUGCCCUUUCGUCGGGAAACGCGCUCAAACAAUAGAUAUAAGCAAUUGUUUCCACAUCACUGACGAUGGCUUCGCCACCCUCUCCUCACAAUGCGGCUCUAACGUGCACAUCUGGAAAAUGAAAAGUGUAUGGGAUAUCACCGCCAACGCCGUGCUCGAAAUGGCCAACAAUGCGAAAAAUUUGGAAGAAAUUGAUCUCUCCAACUGUCGGAAAGUCAGCGAUAACCUGCUUGCGCGGAUCGUGGGCUGGGUUGUUACGGAAAGUACAGCUCAGCAGGCAAAUGCAAGGUUAAAGCAGGUGCAGCAGGCUACGGCUUCUCCUCCCGUGGGAACAGUCGUUGGGUGUCCGAAUUUGAAAAGAUUGACGUUGAGUUAUUGCAAGCAUGUCACUGAUCGCUCUAUGGCUCAUUUGGCUGUUCACGCUCACACGAGGUUACAAUCGAUCGAUCUUACGCGUUGUACUACAAUCACAGACGGCGGUUUCCAGCACUGGAGUAUCUACAAGUUCGCAAAAUUGGAGAGGUUGAUUCUGGCGGAUUGUACGUAUUUGACGGACAACGCUAUUGUGUACUUGACGAAUGCUGCCAAGGGAUUACGGGAGUUGGAUCUGUCAUUCUGCUGCGCCCUCUCUGACACUGCAACCGAAGUCCUCUCCCUCGGGUGUCCUCAACUCGCCUCCCUCAAACUCUCCUUUUGCGGCUCCGCUGUCUCAGACUCCUCACUCCGCAGCAUCGGUCUGCAUCUCCUCGAGCUCCAGGAAUUGUCUGUUCGCGGAUGUGUGAGAGUCACGGGUGUGGGCGUUGAAGCUGUGGUAGAGGGCUGCACGAAGUUGAAGAGCUUUGAUGUUAGCCAGUGUAAGAAUUUGCAGAAGUGGUUGGAUGGCGGUGGGGAAGACAGGAGUAGAAGGGUUUAUGGGCGUAAGGGGUUGGUGUUUGAGACGAAGAAGGGGAGUUUGAGGGAGCCGAGUUUGAGGUGAUGAUUUUACGAGCAAUGAUUGUUGUUUGGUUGACAAGAGGGAAGGAGGAAGGCAUGUUUGAUCUGUGUGAAUGGAAUCACGGGGUUAU